AUGACUUUGUACAGUCGAGAUACCGUCUCGAUCGACGAAGACCAUCGCUUUGUAACAAGUCAAAUAUCAAAUUGCAUUGCCUCCGAUCAGUAUAUACCAGAAUUUUUCGAAUCCUCCAUUGCUGUGGAGUUACAUUACAAUAAAAUCGAAAAAGAAAAUAGCAUUGCAACAAUUUCAGACGUCAAAAAGUAUCCAACUCGUGUCUACAAUGCAGCUACUGCUGCCAAAUACCGAGUUUUCAUGAGUUCUUUUCCUAAAUUAUCAACAUUAUACUGCGUAGUUGAUAAUACUUUAUAUAUGUGGCCAUUUAACAAUGGAGAAAACCCAGAAGUGAUUACUGCCGAUGGAAAUAUUAUCACAACUGUUACUUAUGGUAUUCCAGAACCAAAAAUUUUUAACAAAAACCCAACUUACGUAAUUCUUAUUGCUACAGAUAGAACAAUUAAGAUUGUCCCUGCAAAGCCAUUUCAAAUAUACAAAGAUGAAGCUUCUCAAAUGAAAAUUAGCACGAUUUUUGUUUCUUCUUAUAUUUCAUCGAAAGGCGAGAUAUUUUUAUGUUCAGACACUGGUGAAGUCUAUUUAGUUAAGUACAAAGAUACCAAAUCGACUCAAGAAGCCCCAGGUCUCAAACUUAAACCUUUAAUUUCUCCUCUUUGGUUCAUUCCUAUGGCAAACCUACUUAAAAACCCUCGCCGAACAACUUCUAUGGCUGUUGAUGAUACCCACAAUUACUUUGCUUUCCUUGUCGGAAAAACAAUUCGAUUUUACAAGUAUCAGAACGAACAUUUAUACUAUUUAUCGAAAGAAAAGAUCGACUACAGCGGUAAUAUUACAAACAUUGAAGCAAUUCCGAUUUCUGAUUCAUUACUUUCGCAUUUUGUUGCUUUCAGCACAAACGGCGACAGAUUUUUCUUUGGAACCUUCCCAGGUCUUUACAGGAACCCCGAUGAAAUACACUUACGCCGUACACUCCCUGCUCCUGAAGUUUUCCAAGGCCAUACAUUAAUUUCCGGGUCAUUUUCACACGGUAUGUCCUCAUUUUUAUUCAAAGACAUGUUUGCCAUCCUUCAUCCCAACAGUAAUCCUCAUCAUAUGCAGAGCCAUCUCGUAGAAGACCUCGUAACAAUUCCAUUAUCUCCAGAUUGUCUUUCAUUUUUCAGAUCCGAGCACAUCUACAAAGGCCAAAACACCUCCAUGUUCCAUAACGAGUAUCUCUGGCAGCAUAUUGUCCAGCCAACGCCAGGUUUCCUUCAAUGCGCAGAUGGAUAUCGCAUUGUCAACUUCAAACUUCCAGUUGACAACCUCAACGACCUUCUCCAAGAGUACAAAGGCAAUUUCACAGACCCAAUCCGCGAAUGGAUGUUCUCAAACGCCGCAGGAGGAGAAGCUUGCGCCGCUUCCAUCAUUUUGGCCGGAAGAAGUCCAGAAUUACAGCGUUGGGCACUCCAUACUAUGCAUCAGUUCACGAAACUCAACAACCAGAGGUACGAACGCUUCUUAGGCAACCUCUCACACGUAACAAUGGGCUUCAUCGUCAGAAUUGAAAGACUUUUGACUCCAAUUUGGAGAUCGACACUUUUUACAAAAUUUGUAAAGAAAAGUGACAAUUCAAAAAUGAAGUGGAUCAUUAAUCCAAUUUUUAAUGAAUUGCCUAGCAAUACCAUUGAAAACUUCAGAGACAUUUUCAAGCUUGGCGAUGACUACAUGAGGUUAAGAAGGUCAUCAAUCGAAGCAAAUGAUCCUGACAUGCAAAAAGAAGUUGAUGAAGAAACAACGAACAUUUACAGGAUUUACACUUAUGUCAGUUCCAUUAUAGAGACUCUUAAGUUCAUGCAGAUCAUCAAGACCCUCAAAACAUCUGUCAUCGAUGGCACAAUCCAAAUAGUUUCUGAAGCAGCGAGAAUGAGAUUGACAAUUCUCGAUUUCGGAGAUGAAAACAAAUAUUCAAUUUUCGAUGCAUUGAGAGAAUUCGCUGCAUCUCUUUUCAGCUGCAAAGAUGGACCAUCCCGUGGUGAUAGAUUCUCCAUGAAGCUUGCAAGGGAAUGUCCUUUCUUCUUCUCAGAAGCUGCUUCCCUCAUAAAACAAGCAAUAGAAGACCUCAAAUCUGCAAGAUACAAACAAACCGUAAUUUCUCAGCCAAUUAUCGAAAGAUGCAUUGAUACUUUCGUUAAAUACGCUGACCAGAUCCCUCAGCAGAACCUCCAGGAGAUAACAGACAUAUUCACAAGCCUCCAGGACUACAAGGCAAUCGUAGACAUCUCUUUGGCAAGAGCAGAAUUAAUCGAUCCAACACAUUUGGCUUUGACUUGGUAUAAAAGUGACAGAUCCAGUACACAAAGUCGCGAAACAGCUGCAUUUGAUAAGAGAUACGAGUGCUAUGUACCAUUAUUGAAACUAUCUGAUGUCCCUGAUGCAUUCGAGAAGAUGCUGGAAUCAAAUGAUGAAACAUUCCAUGUUGUUUUGUAUUCAUACAUUUUACAAGAAAAAGAUGAAGAUUCAAAAGAAAAAUUGUUGUCUGUUUCUACACCGUAUUUGGUUUCUUUCCUCGAAGAAAAGUAUCCGGACUUGUUGUACUUGUAUAACGCAAGACACCAUGAUUACGCAACAGCUGCUGCAAGACUCAUGGAACUAGCAAAAUCAAAAUCAAAUGAUAUCGAUAUCGAAAAAAGAAUUCAAUAUUUAAGAAAAGUGACAACUUAUGCGAGAGCCAGCAGAAUGUCCACUGUUUACACAGAAGCGAUUGAUUUGUUGCAUCCGGCUGAGAUACAGAGAGAUUUGUUCCAAGGAAAGGCAUCAAAUGAGUUGUUGUCAAAUCAACAAUUAUUUGAUUCUUGUUUGGCAGAAAACAGAUUUGAUUUGAUACUUAGAUUGUUGCCUUUCUUGACCAUAGCAGGAAACGCAAACAAAAUGAGUGUCGUCUCGUUGAUGUGGUCGAGAUUCUUCGAGCAAAACCAAGGUUUGAGUCUUCUGGAAUUGAAGAGAAAAGUGUUGGCAAUUGCAAGAAGCAGCGAAAGUGGAACGAAAGAGAUUUUGGAGCCUUCAAUAUUGAUUCCUCUCCUGGAAGACACAAAACUGAUCCAUGGAGGUGAAAUGCUGUGGGCUGUCAAAGUGUUGGACGAAAUGAAAUCUCCUCUUUCAAACGCUUUGGCUUUCUACAACAGCGCACUCGCAAACACCGAAAUUACUCAGUCACAGAGAACAGGAUUCUUGGCCGCAAUCAAGUACUUGUUGCAGAAAGGUGCAACACUUAGAGGAAGAGACAAAAACUUCCAAGACAGAGAUUUAUUGAAUUUGUAA